GGCGGCGGACAUGUCCCGGCUCUGAAGACGCCCAAGGUAAGGGCAGGGAGCGGGGGCCGUGCCGGCCGUUACCGGGUGUUGUUCCUCCGCUCCGCCCUUGCGCUGACGAGCGCUCUCCGUCCCGGGCCAGGGCACCCGCGACCACUCCCCCGCCCACGUGGUGCUCCGUGACCGGCUCCUCGCCGCCGUGGUGGCCUGCUUCAAGCGGCACGGGGCGGCCGCCAUCGACACCCCCGUGCUGGAGCUGCGGCCCUCUUGUCUCUCCCCAGGAGAUGCUGAUAGGGAGGUACGGGGAGGGUGCGAAGCUCAUCUACGAGCUGCAGGACCAGGGAGGGGAGCUGCUGGCCCUGCGCUACGACCUGACUGUGCCCUUUGCUCGCUAUUUGGCGAUGAACAAGAUCACCAACAUGAAGCGCUACCAUGUUGCUAAGGUGUACAGGCGGGACAACCCGGCCACGACCAGGGGCCGCUACAGGGAGUUCUACCAGUGUGAUUUUGACAUCGCUGGCCAGUUCGACCCAAUGAUUCCUGAUGCCGAAUGCCUGAAGAUUGUGCACGAGAUCCUGAGUGACCUGCAGCUCGGGGACUUCCUCAUUAGGGUCAGUCAUCGACAGAUUUUGAACGGUGUGUUCGCUGUCUGUGGCAUCCCAGAGAGCAAGUUCAUAACUACUUGUUCUACCGUGGACAAGCUGGACAAGAUGCCGUGGGAAGAAGUGAGGAGUGAGAUGGUAGGAGAGAAGGGGCUCUCUCCUGAGGCUGCAGAUCGCAUUGGGGAGUACGUCCAGCUCCACGGUGGCCUGGACCUGAUUGAGCGGCUUCUCCAGGACCCAAAGCUGUCCCAGAACAAGCUGGCCAAGGAGGGGCUGGGGGACAUGAAGCUGCUGUUUGAGUACCUCACCCUGUUUGGCAUCACGGAGAAGGUCUCUUUCGACUUGAGCCUGGCGCGGGGGCUGGACUAUUACACGGGGGUCAUCUACGAGGCUGUCCUGCUGCAGCAGGAGAACGACCAUGUGGACGAGCCCGUCAGUGUGGGGAGCGUGGCUGGAGGUGGUCGCUACGACGGGCUGGUGGGGAUGUUUGAUCCCAAGGGACGGAAGGUGCCCUGUGUAGGGGUCAGCAUUGGGAUCGAGCGGAUCUUCUCCAUCCUAGAGCAGAGAGUGGCGGUUUCUGGGGAGAAAGUUCGAACGACUGAGACACAAGUGCUCGUGGCCACACCUCAUAAACACUUAAUCACUGCAAGACUGAAGCUCAUCUCUGAGCUAUGGGAUGCAGGGAUCAAGGCAGAGAUGAUGUACAAGAAGGAUCCUAAACUGCUGAAGCAGCUGCAGUAUUGUGAAGACACGGGGAUUCCCCUUGCUGCCAUUGUAGGAGAGCAAGAGCUGACAGAUGGAGUUGUCAAGCUGCGAGAUGUCGCAACAAGAGAGGAGGUUGAUAUCCCAAGAGAAAAGCUUGUUGAUGAGAUCAGAAGGCGGCUGGAGCCUUAGGACUCUUCUGGCUAGAGCUGCUUGACUGAACUGCUGUACAACUGGAAUCCUCCAGUGCCCUUAGCCCCUCACUUCCCACUGAAGUCUGCUCACCAUUUGCUAGCCUGAGGCUCAGCUGCCUGGGCUAAGGCAGUGUCAGCACAGGGCAAGGAGCAAGCGGCUAUGGACAGUGAAUCUGCCAGGUUAACCUUCUGGUUAACUGCUUGGAAGGAUGGGUCAAGCUUGUGGGUUGCUGAUAAUGCAGUACCUGUCACUGUACAGCCAUUUCCAUCCACUGUAGGUGGUCAUGGUGGUGGCACAGGCAGAUGGAUGUGGUGCAGCUCAAGCAGGAUCAGGCUGAGCUCCGGAGUGGAGGGGGCAAUCUGUGACAGGUUCAGGAUAUAGGGAGAGGGUGGCAGUGGAAGGCCACCCCCACCCCUCGGAGGGGGCUGCGAGGGCCAGUCCUAGUCUGCAGCCAGGCUCUUGCCUCAGGCCUGGGCCUGGCGGGCUCGGGGCUGCUGGCAGGGGAGCCUGUGCCCGCGGGGAGGGACGCAAGGGGCUGCCGCAGCCGUGAGGGCAGGGUCCGGCAGGGGCGAGCGUGGAGGAACUCUAUUUUUAUAUAUUAAAAAAA